UGACAGUGAGUGACAGUUUAUUUUGUACUUUGGACUUAAGUUUGUUUACGAAAUGUUUACAUAUUUCUUUAUUAUUUUAAUUACUUUUCAAGCCUUAUAGACAAUUUUGUACUAAUUAUUAUUUAUAAGUGUUAACUUUUGUAUUAUAUUCUACGAAAAAAGCGUUAUAUAAGUUCAUACAUCUAAGAAUAAACUGUGUCUAAAUCUACGUUCGCCGCAUCGAUCUACAAAAUUCUUAUCAGUAACACCGAAAUGAUAAGGUAUUUCCAAUUAUUUAUAUCGAAAUGACGUAAAUCGCGAUCAGAAAGAUUGUUAUUAAUAACGAUAAUAUAGAUUGAUAGUCCGGACGCAAGCAAGGCCGCCUCAGAUAUUACAGGCAAUACAUAUUUAGUUACCUAUUCAUUGUAUCAAAGUACGCAAAUUGCUCAAAGGUCGCUGGGGCAAAAUCAAGCGAAAAUGACUGUUAAGAACAAAAUAUUAAAAGCCCUAAUAUUGGGAGCUCCAGCGUCUGGAAAAGGUACGAUUUCGUCUAGAAUAGUUAAGAAAUACAAUGUGGAACAUGUUUCUAGUGGGGAUAAGCUGAGGGAUCACAUUGAAAAACAGACAGAGCUAGGUAAAGAAGUAAAAUCGUAUCUCAAUGAAGGAAUACUUGUUCCUGACAAUGUGAUGAUAAAGUUUAUGUUAGCAGAGUUGAAAAAAGUGGAGAAUAGACCUUGGCUUUUGGACGGUUUUCCCAGGACAGUUGGCCAGGCCAAUGCUCUGUGGAAGGUACAGCCUGUUGAUGUGGUCUUGAAUUUAGUGGUGCCAUUUGAAGUCAUAAUUGACCGAGUAAAAAGUAGGUGGGUCCAUUUGCCAUCUGGAAGGGUGUAUAACAUAGGGUUUAACACUCCAAAAUCAGAAGGAAAAGAUGAUGUGACUGGGGAAGAUUUGAUACAGCGGCCCGAUGAUAAACCAGAAGCUGUGCAAAAGAGAUUGGAAAUAUAUGAACGAGUUACUCGGCCGGUUAUUAACUUUUACAAAGAUAAAGGUAUUCUCAAGGAGUUUGAAGGAAGGACAUCAGAUGAAAUAUGGCCCAAAGUAACAGCUUACUUAGAUCCUAUUUUUCAGAAAUCAUAGAAUGUUUCAAAUGUAGACUGCAGAAAGUUUUAGCAAGGAAGGGGUUUCGCUGUAGGAAAUUCUGCCUUUAGAAAUAUAAUAUGAACUCUAAGUUGACAAUUAGGAGCACAAAAAUUAUACCUAUUAAGUACCUAUUUUUUAUUUAGUGUUCUUUAUACAAUCUCGUUUUUGAAUUACUAGCUCUACAUAUCUCAUGUGUAUUCCUAAAACUGUUCAUCUGAAGUAGAAAAAAAUCUGAGAUAGAUAAUAGCAAACUAGUCUUCCAUUUACAGGAAUUUGUAGUUGAAGAUGUACUUAAUCUUACAAUAAUACCAAUACUUUUACAAGGUUUUCUUUUUUACUAUGUUUAUCAAUAAAAACAUUGCUUUUAUGAUAUCUUGUUAUGCUUUAUAAAUGACUUAUUAAAUAUGUUGCAUAUUAAACAAUGUGCAAAUUAUUAAGUAAUUAUAAAAUUAAUGGAUCAUGAUUGUUUAAAAUGUCAACAGUACAGGUACAUACCAUAAUUUAUGUUAUUAUAUUAAUGUGAUUAUUAGCACUAUAUUUACAAGAAAAAAAAAUUAUAUUUAUUUGAUACUGCAUCUUAUCUAAAACUAUUAUCUUCUUAAAUCUAUGUGCCAUUAAAACUUUUGAAAAAUCAUUUUUAAGGUAUUUCCACUGAAUUGGUAUCAUUUUCCUUUUCAUUCUAGUCAUAAUAUUGUUCAUAUAAAUUGGUGUAUUUUAAAUAAGGAUUCUGUUGCUAUUAUUUAAAAAUUGUGAUUAAAUUGUGCUCAAAUGGAUCAAUGUAACAGAUUUUAAAAAUAAGUCCUAAUUAUUAUGUAUAUAUGUAAUUCCUGCAUUCAUGAAAUAAACUGCUUUUAGUAAGUAGGUUAGAAAGGAUGAUAAUUUUGUGCCUUAUUUUUAUAUAUUUAAGAAAAAGUUCAAUAAAUGUUUUAAAAUAAUAAUCAUAAUAUCUGCUAUAAUUUGAUGUUGAUAUUUACAAGCACAAAUCAAUAAAUUUUGUACCUGUUUAAAGUAAUUUUUAAUAAAUAUUAUAAUUAUAAACAAGACAAAAUGAUUUACACAAAGAUUGACAUUUGUUAUUUUAUGUACUGUAUUGUUUUGUUUGUUAAAUGGUUUUUAUUACCUAAUAAAUUUUAAAAUGAUUACA